UAACAAAUAGUAAUAGAAAAUGUUACAGAGUAGAAUAGUAAUAGAAAAUUAGUUGUUUACUGGUAAAAUACGAAAGUUUCUUGCAGCAACAGUUUUGGAAUGGAAAAUCAAAAGAAGAAAGAAAAGUUAAUAAAUAAUUUUAAAAAAAAAAAUUUAAACCAGUCAAAGAAAAAGUUAAUAACUAGUAAUGAUCAUAUUCUAAAAAAGAGAAAACCUUUACGAUUUCAUAAAAAAAAGAAUGAUAUUUAUGUUAAUAAUAAAACAAAUUUUAAGGUGUACUUGAAAAUAUGUGAAAAAUAUUUGCAUGAUUCAAAAGAAGUAACACUGCAUGGACUUGGAGCAACCAUUAAUCGAGUUUGUAAUCUGGCAUUGUAUCUUAAGAAAAUCCAUUGUGAUACUUUAGAUUUAGAUAUAAAAACUUCGUCUAUUAAUUUAGUUGAUGAUUUAGAACCAAAUAAAGAUGAUGCAGAUUAUAAAAUAAAUCAAAGGUUAAAUUCAGCAAUUCAUAUUCGAGUAUUUCCAAUUGAAUUAGUAAAACCUCUUAGAAUUGAUAAUUGAAUUUUAAAUAAUUUAAUU